CCCCCCCCAAAAAACCCCGAACACACGGCGCGUCUAACGAACACACCCCAUGCGGGACGGGCUGCGCCGACUUCAUUGUCCGGCAUCGGCGUAGACGUCAAAUGUGCACGACUCCCAGCUUCUCCGUGAUGCGGCGGAUCCCCUCCCCCGCGCACGAGACAACACCGAAAUAGACGGGCUUUCCCGUGGAAUGAGCGUUCCAUGCAGCAUCCUAGGUAUGAAUGACGUGGCCUGGCAGGAGACAAGAGGUGGGAUGCUGCAUGCAAAUGGUGCUCCUGAGACUGGGGCUGUCAGAGUUCAUGGAGGAGGCCCCCUAGCUACAGUCGGGGGAGCUGGGCAAGGUCCUGGGGUGCCACAUUUACAGGGCAUGGACCGAAGCGCUAACCCUACCCCAGGAACCCCACAGCCUCCGCUGAGCGGGCGAUCUCAAGAUGAUGCCACAGUUGGAUACUUCUUCCAGAGGCAGCCAGGGGAGCAGCUUGGAGGUUGUGUGCCCAGCAAGCAUCGCUGGCCAACUGGAGAUGGCAAUCAUGUUGACCAGGUCCGUGCUGUGGAUGAGAUGAACUACGACUUUCAAGCUCUUGCAUUGGAGUCAAGGGGCAUGGGAGAGCUUCUACCAGCAAAAAAACUCUGGGACUCUGAUGAACUGGCCAAGGAUGGAAGGAAAGGGAUGCUUCUUGGAGAGGAAUGGAGGGAUAAUGCAUGGGGAUCAUCUCAUCACUCGGUGUCCCAGCCAAUCAUGGUGCAGCGACGACCAGGCCAGAGUUUCCAUGGGAAUGGUGAGGCCAAUUCUGUGCUGUCACCUCGCUCAGAGGGGGGAGGCCUUGGAGUAAGCAUGGUGGAGUAUGUCCUGAGCUCCUCUCCAGGAGAUAAGAUGGAUGGCCGUUAUAGGAAUGGUGGUUAUGGUGGUGGAGAUGCAGAUCAAGAUGGGCGAGAGAAGGGCGACGUCCAAGAGAAAUCAUCGCCUUUUGAGGAAGACAAAAGCACAGAGAUGAAGGUGGGAGAUGACAACGAUGCCUCUAAAGCCCCUGGAAGAGUCUUACUCAAUGGCAUGGACAGAGACUGCAAAGACUUUAACCCAACCCCUGGAAGUCGCCAAGCUUCCCCCACUGAAGCCGUGGAGAGGAUGGGUCCCUGUCAAGCUGGUUUGGAGAUGAUGGGCCAGCACCACUCCCACUCCCUCCAGCAGCAGAAUCCUGCCCAAAACAAAGCCCCUGCUGAGGACUUCCAGAACCAGGAAGCCCAGAACAUGGGAGGCAUGGAGCAACCAGCUGGUGUGGAGUCUCUCCAGUUUGACUAUGCUGGAAAUCAGAUUCAGGUGGACUCCUCUGGCACCCCAGUAGGAUUAUUCGACUAUAACUCCCAGCAGCAGCUAUUCCAGAGAUCCAAUCAUCUGACUGUUCAGCAGCUCACUGCUGCUCAGCAACAACAGUAUGCCCUGGCUGCAGCCCAGCAACAGCACCUCGCUGGCCUCGCUCCUGCAUUUGUGCCAAACCCUUACAUCAUAAAUGCUGGCCCCCCUGGAGCUGACCCCUACACUGCUGCUGGGCUAGCAGCAGCAGCCACACUGGCAGGUCCGACAGUGGUUCCACCACAGUACUAUGGUGUUCCCUGGGGUGUGUACCCAGCUAACCUCUUUCAGCAACAGGCUGCAGCUUCUGCCAAUCAUUCAGCUAAUCAGCAAGCAUCCAAUCAGGGACCAGGGCCAGGACAACCACAGGUGAUGCGCACAGGAACCAGUCAGCGCCCUCUUACACCUGGUCAGGGCCAGCAGAGCCAGCAGGAGUCUCUAGCAGCAGCUGCUGCUGCUGCAGCUAACCCAGCCUUGGCCUACACCGGCAUGCCAGGUUAUCAAGUAUUGGCCCCUGCAGCCUAUUAUGAUCAGACUGGAGCCCUAGUGAUGGGCCCUGGGGCCCGCACUAGUUUGGGUGGGCCUGUCCGCCUGGUCCAGACCCCACUCCUAAUCAACCCGGCAGCAGCACAAGCUGCAGCUGCUGCGUCUGCGUCGGGCUCUGGCAACAACAUGUCUGGUCCUCCAGCAAAUGGGCUGUACCGCUCCAUGCCUCAGCCCCAACCCCAGCCUCAGCAGCAGCAGCCCCCCCCACCCAGCAGCGGCCUACCCUCCAGCUCUUUCUAUGGCUCUGGCUCAGUUCCCGCCACAUCUCAAAGCAGUUCCCUGUUCUCCCACACAUCUGCCGCUCCACCACCACCUAGCUCUUCACUGGGCUUCAGCAGCACUGGAGGCUCCCUUGGUGUGGGCCUGGGCUCUGCACUGGGAGGCUUUGGCUCCUCUGUGUCCAGCUCCACCAGCAGCAGUGUCUCUCGCAGGGAUUCGCUUUUGGCAAGUUCAGACUUGUACAAGCGCGGUGGCAGCAGUUUAACCCCCAUUGGCCAGCCCUUUUACAACAGUCUGGGCUACUCCUCUUCACCCAGCCCCAUUGGCCUAACACCUGGCCACUCCCCACUUACCCCCCCACCUUCCCUGCCCUCCUCUCAUGGAUCUUCUUCCAGCCUUCACCUAGGUGGCCUGACAAAUGGCAGCGGGCGCUACAUUUCUGCCGCCCCUGGAGCAGAGGCCAAGUACCGCAGCACUGGAGGGACGUCCAGCUUGUUUAACUCCAGCAGCCAGCUGUUCCCGCCGUCUCGGCCACGGUACAGUCGGUCUGACGUCAUGCCCUCCGGGCGUAGCCGCCUGCUGGAAGACUUCAGGAACAACCGCUUCCCCAACCUCCAGCUGCGAGACCUUCCAGGACACAUGGUGGAGUUCUCCCAGGACCAGCAUGGAUCCAGGUUUAUUCAGCAGAAGCUGGAGAGGGCCACUCCAGCUGAGAGGCAGAUGGUUUUUGGAGAAAUUCUGCAGGCAGCAUACCAACUGAUGACUGAUGUGUUUGGGAACUAUGUCAUCCAAAAGUUUUUUGAGUUUGGCAGUGCAGAUCAGAAGCUGGCGUUGGCGACACGUAUCCGUGGACACGUGCUUCCCCUUGCCCUGCAGAUGUAUGGUUGCCGGGUCAUCCAGAAAGCCCUCGAGUCCAUCUCCUCUGACCAGCAGGUAAUUAGUGAUAUUGUCCGUGAGCUGGAUGGCCAUGUAUUGAAGUGUGUGAAGGACCAGAAUGGGAACCAUGUGGUGCAGAAGUGUAUUGAGUGUGUCCAGCCUCAGGCCCUACAGUUCAUCAUUGAUGCCUUCCAGGGCCAGGUGUUUGUGCUUUCCACUCACCCCUAUGGCUGCAGGGUAAUCCAGAGGAUUUUGGAACACUGCACUCAGGAGCAAACACUGCCCAUCCUGGAGGAGCUGCAUCAGCAUUCUGAACAGCUUGGCCAGAAAUAUCAAGGCGUAUCAUUGGAGAUGACACCCAAAACAUAUUAUACAGUGUCCAGCGAUGCACUGUUCAAGGAUCAGUAUGGAAAUUACGUUAUUCAGCAUGUCCUAGAGCAUGGUCGACCAGAGGAUAAGAGCAAGAUAGUGGCAGAGGUUCGCGGGAAAGUUCUUGUCCUCAGCCAGCACAAAUUUGCAAGUAACGUGGUGGAGAAAUGUGUGAUCCACUCCUCCCGUGCGGAGAGGGCCCUGCUGAUAGACGAAGUCUGCUGCCAGAAAGAUGGCCCCCACAGCGCCUUGUACACCAUGAUGAAGGACCAGUAUGCCAACUAUGUUGUUCAGAGGAUGAUUGACAUGGCAGAGCCUGCGCAGCGCAAGAUCAUCAUGCACAAGAUUCGGCCUCAUAUUGCCACCUUACGCAAGUACACCUAUGGGAAGCACAUUUUGGCCAAGUUGGAAAAGUACUACAUGAAGAGUGGAUCUGAUUUGGGCCCCAUCGGUGGGCCCACAAAUGGCCUCAUGUAGUUGCCCUGGCAUCCUGGGUCCCCUGAAUGAAUUCCAGAAUCAGAGACCUUUUUUACCCCCACCCAUUUAUCCCCAUAUCCUUAACCCCUGUCCUAUAAGAUGCUCCUCAGCCAUAGGGGUUUACCUGCAGACACCCUUUGUUCUCCCAUUUUGGGGAAAUUACCAAAAAAAAAAAGAUAAAAGCGAAUUCAACUUCACCUAAGAAUGCUGUGAUGUCUGACCCUCUGCCACCCCUGGUGCAGGUCCCCUGCAUGGCCACCAGGGGAAGCAUGGUUUGCAGGCUGUCUCCUGGGUAAAGCACAAGCCCAUUGUUUAUGAUGUAAUUGAUGUAUCUGACUGGUUUUCAUAUUAUCUUGUACAUUUAGUUUUUUACCUUGUAAAUUCUCUGUAGAGGAAAAAAAAAGUUAUACACAUUUGCUGAAAUUUACAAUUCUUACAAUUACACCAGCAAGUGACUUUAUACGGCCAAACUGAGUGAUCCUUUAAAAAAAAACAAA